CCCACCCCCAGGCCGGCCCGGGCCUCCUGCCCUGGAGCCGACUCCCGCGCCCGGGCCCCGGUCUGUGUCCCCUGCCCCAGCCCGCACACCCCGCCGGAGGCGCCCGUCCUCGCCGCCUCCCUUCGGACGGGCUGAGUGAUGGCGCCUCGCACUCUGGAGACUCUCUGGGUUUGGGCGUUAAAUCAGCCACCACCUUCCAUCCCACUCCCUUCGGGCUCCACUUCCCUCUAAUUCCCCAUCUGGAUCCUUCUCCGCCCAGCCCUUGCCCCCGCCGGCAGGUCCGAAAGCCCCCCCCCCCCCCCAGCGGCGGCGGCGGAGCCGUUCCCGUGGUAGACUUCCUGGCUGACCUCCUUGGCCAGAGGGGCCUGGCCUGGCACCCAGCUCUCCUGCGUGGCCCGCGGUGAGACGUGGGCGGCCCUCCAUCCUCUCCAGCCGUAGUUUGUGCAUCAUUAUUACAGUUGGGGACCCAGCUCGUGGGUAACCCCUGCCGCUGCUUCUCCUCCUACCCCCUCCUAAUUCCAGUUGGGUGUGUUUUUUUCCCCCCAACUCUCCGCAAAAUCUUCACUAUUUCCCAUUUAAAAGAACAGAAGCCCGCAAUGGUUAUAGCUGUUGUUAUUUUAUUACUCUCCCCCAGGAGCUCCAGGAGAGACUUCAUCUUGCAUCCUGAUGCUAGUUUGGACUCCAGGCUUCCUGCUUUGUGCCCUUUCCCGUCUCUCUGAAAGCUGGAGGGUGGGGGUGGAGGUCGUAGCCAUGCUGCCCGGUGGGGAGCAGUUGAAGAGACUGGGGCUCCCCAUUCAUGACCUUAGGUCUUAGGCUGACCCUAGGCUCCAGAGCACAAGUGCUCCCCAGAAGAAAGCAGCUACUCCCUCAAAGGAGGGUGGCCAUAUAAGGAGUUGAUAAAUAGGACCUGCAAGGCUUUGUCCAUAUCCUGGGUUUGUGAUCCUUAACAAAGACUAUUUGUGAAGGGAUCUUGUCCUACCUUCUCCAGCCAGGGAUGGGGAGAUAUCUGGGCGGGGCCGUGGCUGUCCAGUCCCGGCCCCUCCCUUCACCUCUGGCCCAGGACACUCCUCCCCUGGGAAUUUUGCCAGCUUCCAGGAAUGCUGGGGGCGUUCAGGGCAGCCUGCCCAGCCUGAUACUCACUGUCCUUGCAGAUGGGGUUGGCGAGGACCUGGCACGCAGCUGUGUAGUACCUGGAGUCAGCAGCACCUACCGAAGGAUCCCGGACGCUGUUCAAGGUUGCUCCCUGGACUCCUGGAAAGGGGAUGGCCAGCUGAGAGGUGUCAGGAGGCAGGAGCCACUUCUCAAACUGGCUUCUCGGGACUCUGGAGUGGAGAUGGUGGUUGGGGACAGCCCCCUGGCCACCUCACCAGGUCUUCCUCAGGACUCUCUGGACUUUGAGCCCACAGGGAGCCCUGAUCCCCGGGCCCUUGCUGCCAUGGAGCCUCCUGCCCACCUGAGCCGGCUCCUGGCCAACCGUAAGCUGGAGCAGGUGCUGGAGCGGUCCCGCCAGCUCCCGACUUCCCCUGUCGGCAUGUCACAACACCACUACUCCCUGAAGCCACCUAUCAAGCCUGAAUGUGAAAUGCCCCCUUUUGGAGCAGGGGAACAGGAGGCCACUGAGGCAGAAACUGACCUAGAGGCAGGUCUAGAAGGAGCAGAGGUGGUGGGGGGCCUGGGGCCUAAGGCCUGGGCCUGUCUCCCAGGGCAGGGUCUCCGCUAUCUGGAACACCUGUGCCUAGUGCUGGAGCAAAUGGCAAGGCUCCAGCAGCUCUACUUGCAGCUGCAGACACAGAGGCCCCCAGGGGCAAGCGAGCUGCAGGUCGGGCAGGAUCCUGAAGCGGUGGAGGGGGAGUGGGGGGAGCAGCAGCAGCGGCCACUGCCACCAGCCCUGGACCCUUCGCCUCCACCUUCUUGUGCCCCAGGCGGUGAGGUACAGGAACUGCUCAGCCAGACCCAGGAGACAGGGGUCAACACAGCUUCACCCCUAAAGGUAGGGGUUCCCGGUGCCAACCCGCCCAGGCUUUUAGAGGCUUCAGCAGAGCCAGCUCAUAUCUUUCCAUCCUCCCAGGGACACAAGCGGGAUCUCUCCCACUGGAACAAGGUCAAGGUCCUGCUCAACCGGAUCCGUUGGAGAAGCUCGAAACACUCUGAGUCCUCUGCCCCUCCUGAUGGCCCAGCCCCAAGGAUUGAGUCAAGGGGUGUCCCUGAAAGACCUCCAUUCCAGCCCCUCCGGAAGACCUUUAUGCCAUCAUUUGUGGUUAAGAAGCAACGAGCCAAAAACCUUUCUGUAUGCUGAGAAUUCCUGGCGCAGGGACAUGACCUUGGGUGGAGGGGUGUGCAGUGCAGUCAUCUUCCUCGCCCUUUGCCCUGUUACUGUUUCUGGGCACUGCCAGGAAAAGCUGCUGAUGCUCACCCUUCUCUCUGAGGAGAAGGCUGGACCUUUCUCCUCUGGGCAGCCUGGCAGAGGAGCCCUGGUUCCCUGAGUGGCCCCAGGGUGUGGCAGCCCCUGGGCGCCUUGCUGGUUGCCAGAAAUCCCUGGGCCUAGACAAUGUGAACUAACUUAUUUAUCAGGAGUCCAUGGAGCAUGUUUGGCCUGGUGAUCUAUUGGGGCCUAGCAUGUCGCAGAUGUGUAUUUAUGCAAAGUGAUACGUGUAUCUCUGCAAGUCUGUCACUGUUGUGAACUGGCUGGAUCCAACCAUGUCUUCUGAAUCAUGCAUUCAAAGGGUUGGUCUGGGUGAGGUAAAGGAUGGCCACCUUCAUUCCUCAGUGGGCAGUUACUGAUUUGGAAUCUUGCUUUCCUCCUCACACCCUCGUGGGCAGCCCUAAGACAGAGAAGGGUGCUAUCUUGGGUUCCUCUGCAUUGAGUCUUGCCUCUGGAGCAGAGUCCCUGAAGACUGAACCUGGAAUAGAAAGGUCAGGGACAACAUGGAGAAUAGCAGAGUAAUCUUCAAGGUCUGCCUUUAGCUGCUUUGGUCCCUAAUAACCUUAACACAUCAGAGUUGAAACCAGAGACUCAUUCUAGCUUUUGACUCUAGACUCAUAGCUUUCUACUUAAUCUCCCAAAUGGUCUAAUGAUACCUGUCUUACCUACCUCACAGUCUUAUUAAUGAAGAUAAAACGAGUUGAAACUGU